UAUUUAAAAAACCCAAAAAACGACGUAAAGCAGCAGUUCAUGCCCAUCCUCUCUCUCAAUCGCCAUUGGAAUCAAUCAGAUUCUUUUAUUAUUCAAAGCAGCAAAGCAAACCACAGAUUUACAAAAACCCUAAUGGCAUGUGAAUCCCCCAAUUAUACUUUGUCCUCUGAUUAAUCUAACCAUGUAUUUCUCUUAACCUCUCAAAUUUUCCAUACAAAAUUUCACCAACCAAUCCUCAAAAUUUCACCAACCAAUCCUCCAUUAGAGCGAACAAAGUAGAGCGACAGAGAGAGAGAGGGGGGAGAAAUGCCUAGCGUCGCCGUCAAGUUGUAUAGUGUCUUCUUCAAGUUCCUCUUGAAGCACCGUUUGCAGAAUCGGAUCCAAACCCCACAUGAUGAUUCUAAUCCCUUCGGCAUUACAACCCGACCCGAAGAGUCCGUCUCCGCUGCCAAUCCGUCAUUUGCCGAUGGCUUCGCCACAAAGGAUAUUCAUAUCGACCCUUUAACCUCUCUCUCUGUAAGGAUCUUCCUUCCUGAGUCUGCUCUUAAUCCUCCUGAACCUGAUUCUAAGCACCAUUCCAAACUUAAAUCCAAGCCUAACCCUAGAUGGCUCGGUCUUGAUCAAAAUGACAGCUCCACCGCCUUCAUUCCCAAUCACCACCUCCAGACUCUACGCCGUAAUAGCCUUGGCCUCUCAGCUACAAAUAGCAACACGGAAUCAUCCCUUAGGGAAGAGUCUAGAAGGAACAGCUAUGGUUGCAGCAAUGAUGUGGAGGCCUUUAAUUGUAGAUCCGACGGUGUCGGUGGAGUGUAUAGAGGAUACUUGCCUUCCAUUGAUAAGUCGAGGAAAUUACCGAUAAUGUUGCAGUUUCAUGGCGGUGGAUGGGUGAGUGGGAGCAAUGAUUCGGUGGCUAAUGAUUUAUUUUGUAGAAGGAUUGCGAAACUCUGUGAUGUGAUUGUGGUGGCCGUUGGAUAUAGAUUGGCGCCGGAAAAUAGGUACCCAGCUGCUUUUGAGGAUGGGUUGAAGGUUUUGCAUUGGUUGGGGAAGCAGGCGAAUUUGGCUGAGUGCAGUAAGUCCAUGGGGAAUGCCAAGGGUGGCACGGAGUUCAAGAAGGCUGAUCUACAACGGCAUAUUGUGGACACCUUCGGAGCAUCAAUGGUGGAGCCAUGGCUUGCAGCACAUGGUGAUCCAUCCAGAUGUGUUCUACUUGGAGUGAGUUGUGGUGCAAAUAUUGCAGACUAUGUAGCUCGAAAAGCUGUAGAGGCAGGCAAGCUAUUGGACCCUGUUAAGGUUGUGGCACAGGUUUUGAUGUAUCCAUUCUUCAUCGGGAGUGUCCCCACACAUUCUGAGAUAAAGUUGGCAAAUUCCUAUUUCUAUGAUAAGCAGAUGUGUAUACUCGCAUGGAAACUCUUCCUUCCAGAGGAAGAGUUCAGCCUUGACCACCCCGCUGCCAACCCCUUGGUCCCAGGCAGGGGACCUCCUUUAAAGCUCAUGCCUCCAACAUUGACAAUUGUUGCUGAACAUGACUGGAUGAGAGACCGAGCCAUUGCUUACUCUGAGGAGUUGAGGAAGGUGAAUGUUGAUGCACCAGUUCUCGAGUACAAGGAUGCAGUUCAUGAAUUUGCAACUCUUGACAUGCUUCUGAAGACCCCCCAGGCUCAGGCCUGUGCUGAGGACAUUGCCAUCUGGGUGAAGAAGUAUAUUUCAUUCCGAGGGCAUGAGUUUUCUUAUUGAGGUGCUGAGGACGUUGCCAUCUGGGUCAAGAAUUAAAUUUCAUUUCAGAGGACAUGAGUUCUCUUAUUGAGGGGAUAGCACGUCAAGAAAAAGGUUGCAGCAGGAGAAUCAUUUGCCUGUGUGAUGUUAAAUGGUGAGAACACGGGGCUGCCCAGUUACUUGGGGUUGUAGAAUAAGGGGUUCUAUAAUUAUUUCAUUGGUUGUUUUUUGGGUAAAGGAGCCGCCUGGUUGUUCUCACUUUUUUGGGUUUACAACUUGUCCUGUCAAGUUCCUGUUUUGUAAGAUAUAGAACCUUUUUCUGGGAUUAGGUUUUAGGACUUUGUGAGAUGAAAUUACAUCCUGUUCGAGUUUGUGCCACAUUAGGACAAUCUCGAUGGAAUUUUCCCCCCUCCGUGUAUUAAAAUGUAGUAUUGCUCAUGAAAAGAGUUAAUGGAUC